AUGAAGUCGUUAUCUUUGUCAGCCAUCGUGGUGCUUCUCCUCGUAGCGUCCUCCCUGGGGUUCCCUGCACCAGCGAAGAAGAAUAAUAAUAAUGAUGACAACGAUGAUCGUCCAGCCCCAAAGAAAAAAAGUGCAGGCUCUGGGGACGCAGUGGCCAAUGCAAAAGGAGGGACAGGCGCAGUUGCUGCAAAUGCAGUUUCGAAAUUAGGAGGAAAUGCAGUGGCAAACGCAAUAAAUGGUUCGUCCGCAGCCGCUGUAGCAAUGGCGAAGGACAACGGAGCUGCGACAGCAAAUUCAGAAACUUUUGGAGCUGGGGGAGCCAAGAGUAACGCUUUAGCACAAGGAUCGGGAAUGGCGACGGGUUCUGCGAUCUCCAAGGGCGUGGGUGCGGCUCAAGCGAACGCGGUUUCAGCCGGCGGCUCAGCGAUGUCAAAUUCCAUGAGUGCUGGAGGAGGAGGGUCAACUUCUAACGCAGUUGCCAACAAGGGCGGAGAAUCACAGGCUUCCGCCGUGGCUCUAAAAGGAGGAGACUCAAGGUCCGCAGCUACCGCCAAUGGGGGCGGAAAUUCAAAAAGGUGGUGGUUCUGCAAUGUCUAG